AUUAUUAAUAAAACACCCUUUCCUUCUAACCAAACUAUUUUCACAUUCAGGAAUCUGCAAUUCUGCUGUUCUGCUAUUCUGAAGUUGGCUUGCUGCUCUCCUUUCUCCUUUCACCAAAACAACCGUUUCCUCGUCGAUUUACCCAAUACUCACUGCUGUUUCCCAUUUUUUUCAUUUUCCUUCUCUCCGUCUCUCCCUCUUGCCAGAAAGCCUUUUACUUAUUUUCGUUUUGGGGAUCACUGAAUUCCAAAAUGCAAAGCUUUCUCAAUCUCUUCACUCUGUAACCCUUUUCUCUUUUUUAUCAACUAUUUCUUCUUCUUUACCAGUAAUCACUCUCCUUUUCCAUUUUCCUGAUUUCUGUCUCUCCUCUCCUCUCCUCUCCUCUCUUCCUGAAAGAAAAAAAUAAAAAAAAAAUCCAGCUCUCUUCCACAAACUCUGCUCUUUUUAUACCUCAAACCUUCCAUUUCUUCCGUCACAACAGUUUCAAUCAAAUAUCAAUCUCUUGUGUAUUGUCUUUCUCCUUCUGCGGUUGCUCUAUUAAUUCUUUAUCUGCCUUUGCUCAAUUCUCAUCGUUUACUAGAAAGAAGUUGGAAAUGGUUGAAAUUGUUAUUUCCGUUGCAGCAAAAGUUGCAGAGUACCUGGUUGAUCCAAUUAUACGUCCACUGGGUUAUCUGUUUAACUACCAUCGCAACAUUACGGAUCUCAACCAACAAAUUGACAGUCUCCAUCUUGCAAGGGAGGAACUGCAGAUACCUGUGAAUGAGGCUAAUAGGCAAGGGGAUGAAAUCUUUCCUGGUGUUCGGGAGUGGCUGACGUAUGCCGAAGGGAUCAUCCAAAAGAGAGAUGAUUUCAAUGAAGAUGAAAGGAAAGCAAGCAAGAGCUGUUUCUAUUUAAAGUCCCGCUACCAGCUAAGCAAGCAAGCAAAGAAGCAGGCUGGGGACAUUGUUCUUAAAAUCCAACAAGCUCAUAACUUUGGUGACAGAGUAUCGUAUCGCCGUCCUCCUUCUCCUCCUCCAUUCACCUGCUCUGCAUCUUUCAAAGAUUAUGAAGCUUUCCAGUCAAGAGAGUUGACUUUUAACCAAAUUAUGGAGGCCUUGAGAAACGAAGAUAUGCGCACGAUCAGUGUCUGGGGAAUGGGCGGCGUGGGCAAAACCACUCUUGUCAAACAAGUAGCCCAACAAGCGGAGGAAGACAAGCUCUUUCACAAGGUGGUCAUGGCCUUAAACAUAUCCCAAACUCCCAACAUCGCAGAAAUUCAAGGAAAAAUUGCAAGAAUGUUGGGUUUGAAAUUUGAGGCGGAGGAGGAUAGAGCAGGUCGCCUGAGGCAAAGGUUGAAGAGAGAGGAGAAAAUCCUGGUGAUCUUAGAUGAUAUCUGGGGGAAACUUGACUUGGGAGAAAUAGGAAUUCCUUAUGGAGAUGAUCACAAGGGGUGCAAAGUGCUGCUGACUUCCCGGGACCGUCAGGUUUUAUCUAAAGAUAUGCGUACUCAAAAGGAGUUCCAUCUUCCACAUUUAAGUGAAGAUGAAGCCUGGAAUUUAUUCAAGAAGACAGCAGGUGAUUCCGUGGAGAAGCCUGAACUGCGUCCCAUAGCAGUUGAUGUAGCUAAAAAAUGUGACGGUCUACCAGUUGCAAUUGUCACCAUUGCAAAGGCAUUAAGAGAUGAGAGGGUGGGUGUAUGGAAGAAUGCCUUGGAAGAACUGAGAAGGUCUGCACCAACAAACAUCAGAGGAGUGACUGAAGGCGUCUACUCAUGUCUGGAGCUGAGCUACAACCAUUUGAAAGGUGCUGAAGUAAAGUCAUUGUUUUUACUUUGCGCUUUGCUGGGGGAUGGUGAUAUUUCCAUGGAUCGCUUGCUACAACAUGCUAUGGGUCUGAAUUUGUUUGAAGGAUUUUAUUGGACUCAAGCAACAAAUAAACUAAUUGCAUUAGUCCAAAUCCUCAAAGCUUCAAGCUUGUUGCUUGAGGGUGAAGACGGAGACAAUCAUAGAUAUUCAAGCUUGUGUUUCGAUGAGAAUGAGAAUACGUUGGUCAGAAUGCAUGAUGUUGUUCGUGAUGUUGCCAGAUCAAUUGCAUCCAAAGAUCCUCAUCAUUUUGUGGUGAGAGAAGCUGUUGAAUUACGAGAAUGGCAGAGGGCGGAUGAGUGCAGAAAUUGCACUCGCAUCUCUUUGAUAUGCAGAAAUAUGGAUGAGCUUCCACAAGGCUUGGUAUGUCCGCAACUUGAAUUCUUUUUAUUGAAUUCAAGUAAUGAUGAUCCUUAUUUGAAAAUUCCAGAUGCCUUUUUCCAAGACACCAAACAACUCAGAAUUUUAGAUUUGUCUAAAGUGUCUCUUACACCAUCUCCUUCAUCACUUGGUUUUCUUUCAAAUCUUCAAACAUUGCGUCUAAAUCAAUGCCGGAUCCAAGACAUAACAGUAAUUGGAGAACUGAAGAAACUACAAGUCCUUAGUUUGGCAGGGUCCAACAUUGAACAGCUGCCAAAUGAAGUGGCGCAAUUGAGUGAUCUAAGGAUGUUGGAUUUGCAGAAUUGCUUUUGGCUCAAAAUAAUUCCACGAAAUGUUAUAUCAAGUCUAUCCCAAUUAGAGUAUUUGAGUAUGAGAAGAAGUUCAAGUAUUGAAUGGGAGGCGGAAGGAUUUAAUAUUAAUGCUUGCCUUUCUGAGCUGAAACACCUGUCUGGUUUGAGGACUUUGGAGGUAGAAGUAUCAAAUCCCAGUUUGAUUCCAGAAGAUGAUGUGCUCUUCGAAAACCUCAACUUGACCAGAUAUUCAAUAGUAAUAGGCGAUUACGAACCAAAUGAUAACUAUAAAGCCUCAAGAAGGUUGAGUUUGCAAGGGGUUACAAGUCUUUAUAUGGUGAAGUGCUUCUCCAAGCUGUUGAAGGGAAAUCAAGUUCUAUACUUGGGGGAAUUGAAUGAUACUAAGCAUGUGGUUUAUGAGUUAGACAAGGAGGGUUUCGUUGAACUCAAGUAUCUCACUCUCAGGCGAUGUCCUACCGUUCAAUACAUCCUUCAUUCCAGUACUUCAGUGGAAUGGGUUCCACCACCUAAUACCUUCUGUAUGUUGGAGGAACUGACUCUUGAUGGCCUAGAUAACUUGGAGACAGUAUGCCAUGGCCCAAUUCCGAUGGGGUCUUUUGGUAACUUAAGACUUCUAAGACUGUGGGGUUGUAAGAGGUUGAAAUAUGUCUUCUCUCUUCCCGCACAACAUGGAAGGGAAUCAGCUUUUCCUCAACUGCAACAUAUAAUCUUGAGUCGGCUCGCAUCGUUCAUUAGCUUCUACUCCACAAGAAGCAGUGGUACCCAGGAGUCAAUGACAUUUUUCAGUCAACAGGUUGCACUCCCAAGCUUGGAGUCCUUGUAUGUAAAUGGACUAGAUAAUAUAAGAGCAUUGUGGCCUGACCAACUUCUAGCAAAUUCAUUUUCCAAAUUAAGGAAAUUGGAAGUAAGUAGAUGCAAAAAAUUGCUAAAUCUUUUUCCGCUUUCUGUGGCGAGUGCUCUUGUGCAACUUGAGGACCUAUAUAUAUUCUGGAGUGAAAUGGAGGCAAUUGUUACCAAUGAAAAUGAAGAUGAAGCAGCACCUUUACUCUUAUUCCCUAACCUUACCUCUCUCAAACUCUCCUGUUUAUUCCAACUCAAAAGAUUUUGCUCUGGAAGGUUUAGUUCAAGCUGGCCACUUCUGAAGAAAUUGGAAGUGUGCUAUAUUUGUUAUGAAGUGGAGAUGCUCUUUCAACAAAUAAGUUUGGAAUGUGAACUUGAGCCACUCUUCUGGGUAGAACAGGUUGCACUCCAAGACUUGGAGUCCUUGUCUAUAGACAGACUAGAUAAUAUAAGAGCAUUGUGGCCUGACCAACUUCUAGCAAAUUCAUUUUCCAAAUUAAGGAAAUUGAAAGUAAGUAGAUGCAACAAAUUGCUAAAUCUUUUUCCGCUUUCUGUGGUGAGUGCUCUUGUGCAACUUGAGGACCUAGAUAUAUCGGGGGGUGAAGUGGAGGCAAUUGUUACCAAUGAAAAUGAAGAUGAAGCAGCACCUUUACUCUUAUUCCCUAACCUUACCUCUCUCAAACUCUCCUGUUUAUUCCAACUCAAAAGAUUUUGCUCUAGAAGGUUUAGUUCAAGCUGGCCACUUCUGAAACAAUUGGCAGUGCUCGAUUGUGAUAAAGUGGAGAUACUCUUUCAACAAAUAAGUUUGGAAUGUGAACUUGAGCCACUCUUCUGGGUAGAACAGGAAGCAUUUCCUAAUUUGGAAGAACUAACAUUGAGCUUAAAGGGCACUGUGGAGAUAUGGCGAGGCCAAUUUUCAAGGGUGUCUUUUUCGAAGUUAAGCGUUUUGACGAUACGCAAGUAUCAUGGUAUUUCAGUUGCGAUUACCUCGAAUAUGGUUCAAAUACUACAUAAUCUAGAAAAACUAGUGGUGGCAAUGUGUGAUUCAGUGAAUGAGGUUAUCCAAGUAGAAAGGCUUCCAAGUGAAGAAUUUCAUGUUGAGACACUUCCACGAUUAAUUGAAAUAUGGUUGGAGAAUCUACCUAUGCUAAUGCAUCUAUCUGGAUUAGGCCCAUAUUUUCAAAGUCUUCAAGCUCUAACAAUAGUUCAUUGUGGGAGUUUGAUAAAUUUGGUAACACCAUUAAUGGCCAAAAGACUGGUGCAACUCAAAAAGCUUAUUAUACAAAAUUGCCACAUGAUAAAAGAAAUAGUGGGAAAUGAUGGACAUGAACUAACAGAUAAUGAGAUUGAGUUCACCAGAUUAGAGAGCCUGAAACUUUUUCAUUUGCCAAAUCUGAAAAGCUUUUGCUCAUCAACAAGAUAUGUCUUCAAAUUCCCAUCCUUGGAAACAAUGCACGUAGACCAAUGUCGUGGGAUGGAAUUUUUCUACAAGGGAGUCUUAGACGCACCAAGGCUAAAACGUGGACGAUAUGAUUUUUUUGAAGAAUGUUGGCAAGAUGACCUGAAUACCACCAUACACAAGAAGUUCAUGGAACAGGGUUAUAAAGAGGAAUAUAUUGAAAAAUUGGAUUCUAUCAAUUCAGAUCUUAGCGAUGAGGAUUUUGAAGAAGACUGAUUUCAUUUUCCAUAAGCAAAACAAGGAAGAGGUGUUUGUUUUCUACAUAGUCUAUGUGAGUGAAACACUGCCUUCAAUUGCUUUUUUUUUUCUUUUUUUUUUCUUUUGUGCAUGUAUAUUAUUACAUCUUUGAAGAGCCUUUGUUCUUAAUGUCCUUUUUUAGGUAUGUUGGACUUUUUUAUUUUGAGGAGAUGCAUAGAUUAACAUUUGUGGUAGAGAAAUGUCUGCUAAUGAUGUUUCCUUUAUUUAAAUCAACUUUGGAAGGAUUUUUAUCUCUAGAUGUCUUGAUUUUUUUUUUUUUAAUAAAUAAGUUAGAUAUCUUUAGUAUGUUUUGUUUUAAAGAUUGAACACUAUAAGUUGCUACAAGUCAACUGACUAUGAUCUAAAAUGUGUGUUAAUUUAGGAAUUUGUGCACCUUCUACUU